AGAGCGUGUCCAAACGAAAUCCCGUUUAAACCAGAGUCCCUCUUCUAUUCUAUAUUCGAUGAAACGUUCACGCUCUUUAAAGUGUAUCAGCUUAUUUCCUACAUUUUGCAGUUCUGGAGUAGCUACUUAUUCGUUGCACCGCUCAUGAUGUUUAUUGUGGCACUGAGCGCUGCGAUAACCAUUUACAAUCGACGUCGAGGCCAGUUCAUGAUAGCCAAGAUCACUGAGUAUGAUACGCAAGUUGAAACUCUGAGAAGCGGUCAAUGGAUAAACCUUGCUUCGCGAAACUUGGUACCCGGGGAUGUUAUCAAGCUCAAAAGCGGCUGGGUGCUUCCAUGCGAUCUACUGAUCAUCAAAGGCUCCUGUGUUUGUGACGAGAGUGCUUUGACUGGUGAGCCCAUGCCAGUGCAAAAAUACGCUGCUCCCAACACCGACGUGCAGUAUAAGGCCGAUGGCCUUGGCUCGCGGCAUACUUUGUUCUCUGGGACUACUCUACUUCAAGCAGGACAGGGCCAUGAUGAUGCUCUCGCAAUUGUCACGGAGACAGGUAUGUCAACCUCCAAAGGCGAACUGGUUGCGACGAUUUUGUACCCUCAAAAGCUCAUCUUCAAGUACGAUGAGGAGCUCCAAAUCGUUGCCUGUCUUCUUUUUAUCUACGCUAUCAUAUGCUUUGUUGUGUCCAUAAAGUUUCAGAACAUGAACGGACAGCAGAGUAUUUGGGUGACAAAGUGGAUCUACUGUAUGUUCAUCAUAAAUCAGAUAAUGUCGCCACUAUUGCCGGUCGCUCUUGAAGUUGGACAAAUUCACGCUCUGGAGAGUUUAAAGAAGCGUGGGGUGUUUUGCCUCAAUCCAAAGCGCAUAGUUAUCGCUGGGAAGAUACGAGUUUUCUGUUUUGACAAAACUGGGACAUUGACAAAAGAGGGACUCGAUUUUGUUGGAGUUCAGAGUGUCGUCACUAACUCCUUUGGACCAGUUUUAUCACUUGAAGGUGGUCAAAGAAUUGAUGAUAUUGUUUUGCAUGGACUUGCCACAUGUCAUGCUGUUACAAAGUUCGGAAAGGACUUGGUUGGAAACCAGGUUGAGGUGAAAAUGUUCUCAGCUGUGGGAUGGAAUUUGAUAGAGUCCGCAAAGAGUCCCCCAGUCGUUUCAGAUGGUUCCGGAUCACGGACCUUUAGAAUCGUGAGACGAAACGAGUUUGAUCAAUCGAGAGCAACAAUGAGUGUUGUUGUGGAGGACAACUCUGGAAACUUUCACAUCUACUGCAAGGGUUCUUUCGAAAAGAUUAAGGAGCUGAGCAACGCUCAAAGCCUUCCAGCGGACUACGAGGACAGAGCACGGCUUCAAGCUCUGCAAGGUUGUUAUGUUCUUGGUUUAAGCUACAGAUACCUUGGCCGAGAACUGGCAUUUGAAGACAUGUUAGCACUACCAAGGAAUGAGUUGGAGAAGGACCUGAAUUUUAUAUCUCUGGUCUUGUUUAGGAACGAGCUCAAGCCGGAUAGCUCUGCAGCUAUUCAUUCUCUCAAAGCUGGAAAGGUUCGUCCCGUGAUGGUUACCGGUGAUAAUGCUCAAUGCGGCCACUAUAUUGCUAAACAAUCUGGUAUGUUCUCAUCUGACUGUAAGAUACUACUGGCUGAUAUAACGAACGACAACAGCGUGGUAUGGUCUCCACUGAGUAGUAAAGUGACAACGGGUAUAAGCCGCAUGACCACCGAAGAACUACUUCAAAGUAGAGCGAGCUUACUUGAGGACGGGACCUUGGAACUUGCGGUUACGGGUAAAGCUUUUAAUCGCUUACAAGAAUCCAAGAGAAUGGACGACUUACUUCUUUACACACGAAUCUUCGCAAGAUUCACUCCUUCCGAUAAGGAGAAAGUGGUAACUAUGCAUAGAAACCAUGGCCUAAUCGUGGGAAUGUGUGGUGACGGUGGAAACGAUUGUGGAGCGCUAAGGGCCGCUCACGCCGGCAUCGCUUUAAGUGCUGCAGAAGCAUCGGUGGUGUCUCCAUUUACUGCCCGAAACAAAUCGGUCCACGCUGUGGUAGAUUCACUACGUGAAGCGCGAGGUGCUCUCCAUACGUCAUUCGCAUGCUACAAGUUUCUGAUUAUUUAUGGCCUCCAGUUCUCAAUAUUCAAGCUUUGUUGUUAUUGGUUUGGGAUUAUAGCCUGCCAAAUGGACUGCAUAUUUAUUGAUGGCGUAGCUGUGCUCAGCCUUGGUUAUGCCAUGUCUCGGUGCAACGCUGAAAAAAUACUCAACAAGGUGAGGCCUCUUGGACCUUUAAACGUAGCAUCGGUGCUGGGGCUAUGGGGAAGCAACGUUGUGUUCCUGGUGGCUGCAAUUUGUUUCAUGGCAAGCCAGAAGGAUUACGUGAGAUGGCCGGCACAAUACUCUCAUGGUGCAAGCUGGUGGACGCUGGGUGACAACUGGGAGUCCACAGUGUUGUUCUUCACAAUGUAUUUCCAGUUCAUCACGUCCGCAUUCGUGUUCUCGUUUGGCUCCAAGUUUCGAAAGACCGUAUUCAAAAACCUCUCUUUGAUGGUUUCGUACUGGUCAUUGAUCGCUGUGUGCUCUUGUCUACUGCUUCUUCCUCACAACAAGUUCACGGAAGUAUGGCACGUUGCAAGCGAGCAAUUCAACCAUGCAAACCCCGCCUCUCCAGUUUGGGCGUCUUACCAGAAAAAUGGUGGACAGCCUUCGCCGGCCAUGAGCUUUGAUUUCCGUUUCAAGCUAUGGUGGAUCAUUCUCGCGAGUCUCGCCGUCAAUAUAGCUUGGCAAAAGGUCGUAGUGGAAGGCCCACUGGCACGGAUUUUAGCUGCAAAGUAUCCCUCAAAGCGACAAAAGCUACACAUUUAGAGUAUAUUUUUAGAAUCGCCAAGAAUGUACGGUACCAAAAAUUUAAAUCUGAAGGGCAAACGCCAUCUUGAAUUCGUUGGUUAAGCA